AUAACAAUGGAUGUUUUAGCUUAGCACGAAAUCUAUUGGCUAAUAACGACUAGUUUGUCACGGUUGGUUGGAAUUACAGAAUGAAAUAAAAGUGCUGUUUUGAAUAUUUUCUCUACCGGAGCGAUCCAAAGAUGAGGGUUUUCGCUCAGUUCGCUGAUUAAUAACACUGAAAUGAGGACACUAAAUGUAACGUGAACGGGUCUGCGAGCAUUUCAAGGUCAGGUAGCUGCUUGAGACAUGGAGGGGAUGAACCCGAUGCAAGAUCCCCGCCAGCUUGGCAUGAUGGGAAAAAAAGCCAUGCAGCUAGGUAACUAUCCUGACGCUGUACGUAUGUUUACCAUGGGCCUCGAUCAGGUGCAGUUUCUACGCUUGCCUCCCCACUGUGCUGCCCCAUUCCUUCUCGAUCGAGCAGAGUGCUUCUGGCGGUUAGGUGACGUCCAAGCUUCGAUGCAGGACAUGGAGGACUCUCUGCGUCAUGGAUUACCAAGGGACGACUUUUUUGCCGAGGACGAAUCGUUAAAGUGGACAGAUCAUGGAAACACACUCCUGCGGAAAAACGACUUCGUAUCAGCCGAAAAGUGUGCAAAUUUUGCCCUGUUCUUCCAAACCACUUCCACGACAAGAGCCCAGGCAUGUCUUUGCAAGGCGUUUGCACAGUAUGAAAUGGGGAAAACAAAUGCUGCCAGGAGAGAGAUAAACGAAAUUAAAAGACUGGAUAGUGAUCUAGCAAGGAACGUAGCUAAAGAAAGGAAAGACUUCGCUAUUGCAAUCUUUAAGAGCAAGAACUACGAGAGAUCCAUCAAGGACCUCAACCUUGCACUUUGGUUUCAUCCCGAAGACGGUUCCACAAAAAUGAAAUUCAAACGUUCAGUUGAAAGUCAUCAAGCGACUGCUUACUUUAAACUGAAACACUACAUGAAGGCUUUGGAACUUGGAGAAGAGAGUUACAAGACAAAUACAACAUACAGGUCGAAGGAGGAAGGUGCGAGAUGGAAGGAGCGUGGUAAUCAACUUCUUUCUUCUAAAGAAGCAAAUACAUUGGAUCUGGUGAUUGCCUGCUACACACUUGCUUUGAAAUUUACACCGGGAAACGAAAAAGAUCUCAGAGCAACUAUUUUCUCCAAUCGGUCUUUGAUGUACAAAAAACGGGGAAACGCUGAAGAGGCGCUGAAAGAUGCUCAAGACUGCGUAGAUAGUAAGCCAGAUUGGUCUAAGGCACAAUACCGACUGGGCUCUAGUCUCUUUGCACGAGAGAAAUACCAGGAAGCAAUUAAGCCAUUUUCAAAAUCACUUCAGUUGUUGCUAAGGGAUGCUUCAAGUUCAGAAAACGACAAAGUAGACACCUUGACUCAGCUACUGUCAGUGGCAUUAAACCUACCAGUCGAUGGCACGUCAAGCAUCCAAUUCAACAUUCCAAAAAACUUGGUGCAAACCGUAAUCAACAAGGCUGUAACUGACAGGGACUGGAAAAGACUUCAUCUUCUUUUUCUUGGCGGAGGUGGAGAGAAAAGAUACAAGAAAGGCUCAGGAGGUCUUGCCACGGGAUGCGAUGCGAGCAGUGUCCCGCUGGAGGAAGUUAUUCGCAAUGAUUUACCAGUUCUAGGGAAAUUCAUUAACAUCCUUCUGGAUCACAAAGCAAAUGCUAACCCUCCCGAAGGUAGAAGAAGUCCUCUAGACGUCGCCAUUGAGUUGGGAAAAAUGGACGUGGCAAGUGUGCUGAUAGAUAGGAACGUCACGUCUGGAGCCAGUACCGGGGAACGUCCCAAGAGAAUGUUUAAAAGCGAUGGAUUAGAAGCGUUGCGAAAAGGCGAGAACAAGAGAGCCAUCGAACUGCUACAAUUUUCUUUAAAGCACGAAGCAACCAAAGAUAAAGAACGACUAGAAGUACUCCAGCAUCUCUGUGAAUUACACUUCAAGGAAAAGGCCUUCGAUGUUUGUCUGGACACAGGUCGGAAGUUAAAAGAAACCUACAACAGGGAGAAAAAUGAGAAAGAUGAGGUCCAAGCUACACAGUGGAAGAACUGGGGUAACGAGUUGCACAAGGAAGGCAAAUACGAAUUGAUGGCUGAGUACUACUCUCUUGCCUUGGAUUUCACACCAGAAUCAAACUCUGAGAUAACCACUGCUCUACUCAGCAACCGCUGUUUUGCGUUUAUUAACUUGGGGAAGUUCAAAGAGGCUCUCGCAGACGCAGACAGGUGCACCAAAAUUAGACCAAAGUGGUUCAGGGGGCAUUUACGACGUGGAAACUGCCUUCUUCACCUGAAAAGAAAGAAAGAAGCGCUGCGAGCGUUCUGUAAAGCACAUACCAACGCUGUCACUGAUAAAGAAAAGCAGGCAACUGCAAAAGAAGUCAUUACAACGGCUAUGAGCAUCGAAGAUGGAGAGUCCCAGAUUACCUGCACAUUGUCGCCCCAGAUGCUUCAAUCUGCAAUCAAAGAAGCGUCGGAGAAGGGAGAAUGGAAUAAACUGAGAUUUCUUUUCCUUGGUACGGCUGCAAGUGAGACAUCCAGGGGCCUAGCUUACGACUAUGACGCCUCUUGUGUGCCACUUGACCUUCUGAUUCAGUCAGAUGUUAAAGAUCUACACGCGCUUGUCACACUUCUCCUUCAACGAGGUGCAUCCCCGACAGGAUUGCGAGGUUGUGUCAGAGCCCCGCUUUUAGUUGCAAUGGAAAUGAUGAAGUUUCCUAUAGCUGUGACUCUGCUAAGAAAUAAUGCGGAUCCAUCUUGCAUUGUUGGUCAUGGGAUAUUCAUUAACAGAGAGGGUCAACCAAAGCAGUGGCUCCAACUUGGUCGAAAAGCUCUGGACGCUAACGACAAUAAAACGGCGGUAAUGUUACUCUACAUGUCUCUUUAUCUGUCAGAGUCUAAGACAGAAAAAUCAAUCUUGCGUCAGAUAUACCACGGUCUGUCAGAAGCCCACUUCAACUUAAACGAGCAUAAAAGAUCUAUCGACGCAGGAAACGAGUAUUUUAAAUUGCAACCAAUUAAAUCAGAGGAAGAAGCAAAGAGAUGGGAAGUUCGAGCAGCUCACGCCUUCGUGUCAAGUGCAUACACCUUCUGUAUUGAUUACGUGAAUUUGGCUUUGAAGUACACCCCUGCUGACUCAAAGCAGACGUUUUCUCUUCUGUUAUGCCAACGUUCUCAAGCAUUUCAACGACUAGGCGACUACGAACGUGGCUUGGAAGAUGCAAAAACUGCAUCUAUGAUGAAUCCAGAAAUGUUUGAGGGAUAUCACAACCAGCUUUAUUGUUUUCGUGCUUUGAAGAGAGGAAGGGAAUCGAUGCAAGUAAUCAACGAGUGUCUUAAGAGGACAUCCGAUGAAAACGCCAUGUAUAACCUUCUAAGUGACGCUCUCGACAUUGCUGCUAAUCUUCAAGAGGCGACAUCAGCUCUCAUAGUUCCUGUGUCGAGUCAGCUGAUUGAAAAACUGACGAGUAGCGUGAUUGAAAAGAAGGACUGGCACAAACUUAGAAUCCUGUAUCUUGGAGGAGGAGGACAAACUUCACAGCCAAAAGGAUAUGGAGGCCUGGCAACUGACACUGAUGCAUCAGGUGUCCCACUGGGAGAAAUCAUCCGUUCUACCGACUCUGACAAGCUACUCCCACUAGUAUCAGUCCUCCUGAAGCAUGGAGCUUCAGCGAACGCUAUCGGAAAAUCGGCUGUUAUACCCUUGGAUGAAGCAAUGACGCUAAGGAACUUAGCUCUUGUGGAAAAGUUAAUCCAUAGUGGGGCCAAUCCGUGCGUUUUGGGAAAGAACGGAGAGCCAAUAAUUCACCAAGCUUUGAGAAUCGGCCUCCAAGAUAAAAAGGGAGAUUUCAGAUACCUGGAAGCAAUGCUAAUGUCUAAAACCCCUGAGAUUAAAAAUGUUCAGAAUACGGAAGGUGACAGUCUUUACCAUCUCGUAUGUACUGGUAGAAAGCCGACAUCAAAUAAAUGCAGUGCGAUCCGGAUACUUCGGGAUGCCAAUGUAAACCCCAAUCUCCCAAACAAGUCCAACAAACACCCAAUUGAAAUGCUUCAUAAAAAGGAUUCUCGCUGCAAAAUGUUGUACACUGCGCUAGAGUCUUAUAACUCCAGCACCUCUACUUCCUCUCAGUCCGCGACUGGCUACGAGAAUAUAUCCACCGAAGAACAGCAUGAAGAGUAUCGCUCAUCAGCUACAGAAGAUAACGAUUCAUCAGUGGAGAGAGAUGAUCAAUCAGAGCAGGAGAAGCCUCCCAUUCCCACAAAAGACGUGAAAGUAAGAAAGGCUGAGGACAAACAGCAAAUGAGAACGCAAAUGCGCGAAAAUGUUGCCGGUCUCAUAGCUGCCUUAUCGCCACUUGAUGCAUUUGUUCCAGAGGAUACAAAUGAAGACCAAGAUGAUAACGAAGAUUUAACCGAGCUUUCAGAGGUCCGUAGUAUGACAGAAAAUGACGAGAGACAGACGAAAGACGAAGACGAGAUCCUUCUAAAACACGCUGAAGACGAUGACGCAAAUAUUGAUGGCAUUGAGAUCGGAGGUGGUGAUGCGGAGGCUAACAUUGAUUCCAAAUCUCCUUUUGAAGACCUUCCGUGGGAAGUUGACUGCACUGAUCGAGUUUGGAAGGUAAUGAGGAGCAAAAAGGUUGAUAGCUGUAUGCGAAGACGUAUCAUUAACAAAAUUCGCAUGCUGGCAAAUGGCAGAUGGAACAAAAUAAUGUGCAAGAGACUGGAGGGGGUUGCAAAGAAAGAAAGCAUCCAGCUCUACGAGUCAAAGUUGACCAAAAGUCAUCGCAUAAUUUGGGAAAAGACAAUUGCCUUUUCUGGGAGAUGUAGCGAAAAUCCGGAGCUCCGUUUGAACAAGGGAAAUUCGGCGGGUCGAAUCUACUCCGAUAUCAUCCGAGUAUGGGACAUCGUAUUAGACCACGACAAACUACAACGCUCAAUUGAGCACAUCGUCAAGUCACACGACCGAGGAAUGGACUGUAUCAUAAAGAAGAAGCUGAAAGGUAUUACUAUGGAAACCCAGAACGA